UUACAGUAUUCACGGAUUCUCAGAAGUUAAGGCGUGCUAACUAUAACAAGAAACAAAAUGUCUUCGCUGUAUCUUCUCGUUUGUUUUUUGCUCUGUAUUCUGUUUGUUCAUAAUGGUUUUGCAAGCUAUAACAGCAAUUGCCCCGACAUGUCACAAUCCCUUGACGAUGGUUGUUCGAUCAGUGAUGACUGCACAAAGAUCACAUGUACCAUUGAUGACCAAGGCGGUGAAGUCCUGUCCUGGACAAUCAAAAUUAACAAGUGUGAAGAYCCAGUCACUAUUGAUGUGUCCAUUGACUCUGGUAUUAUUCACUGGUCAAAGACAUUUACAUCAGAUCAACGUGUUGGUGUCCCUGGACUGUCGAUUAASAUYCCAGUUGUGGGAUCAGCUGGACUAUAUGUUAAGGUCUCUCUACCAGAUUCUGGCUCUAACCUCAACCUUAAGGUUGAGAUGUUGUUUGGUAUUGAAGUGGGAGGUAGUUUCAAGCAAGUGGGGCAGAGUACAACGCUCGUGAACAGCGAGUUGCCUAUAAACACUUAUGAAUGUGGUUUUGUACGCUUCUGGAAGAACCUCGACCUGCCCUUCAAGAUUCUUCUUAUAAUUGGAAUUGUAGUAGUCUUUAUUGGAAUGAUUACUUGCUGCUAUUGCUGCUGCUGCAGGAGGAAGCCCUCACCUGGAGGAGUCAUAAUUACACCGCCASCACCACCGGCUGCUACYGUCAUCUCAACCAAUAAUACUACCGUACCYAUGAAACCAUUCGUUAAUGAGAUUUAGCUCCUCAACCAGCACUAUAAAGGGAGCAUGUCCAAAAUCGUCAAAAAUGGCCCAUUUUUGGUCAAAAUGCAUGGAUAACCCAGCAAAAUCGUCAAAAAUAGCCCAACCAUUGCUUACAACCAUUGAAUGCAACCUGUGUACGUUUUCCUUACAACAUAGCUUGAACUGUCGUUGGGAUUUGAAAUAAUUGCUUAACAACUCCACAACAGUUGUUGUAGCGAUACUGUAAGGAUGACGUAUGCAGGUUGCAUGGGAUGGUUGUAGGCAAAAGUUGUGUCGUCUUAUUCGACCUUAAAAUUUAUUCUUCCUAGAAACCUAAUGCAUCAGUCAAUUGAAACCCGAACCUCAAGAAAUUAAAGCGAAAUUCUCUUAUUGGUAACGAUAGAAAUUCAGAAAAAGCUAGUGUGUUCUUUUAUAAACUGUGUCCAUCUAUGGAGGAAGGAAAAGAUUAUGACUAAGUAGUAUGAACGGUAUUACAGAAAUAACAUGACCUCUAGCUUCUAUCUCUUAUUAAGAUCAACGAAGUACCAGCGGGCAUUAUGAUGAAAUGAUGUGACUCCCGCACUUGCUCUAUACCCGGGAAUCGGUUCUUUCAAUUGACUGAUGCUUUAAUAGUUAUUAUAUUUGUUUAUUGGUAGUCGUUUAUUUAGAUGGUAUUUGGCCUAAUUAAUGGCUGAUUUUUUAUCACCUUUAUGUUUAUAUCCACUAACCAUAUCUAAUCACGUAUAUAAUGUAUUUUUGUCGUUUGCAAAUAAACCCCACAAUAUA